CUCCUUCCUUCCAGCCCCCGACCAUCGCUCUCUCUCUCUCUAACCUAUUCCAAAGCAUGAGUCCAACAAAACACAGCAAUAGAUUCUUCAAGUUCAGAUCACCACAUAUUAUCAACUUGUUCUUCUCUUUUCUCUAGAGAGAGAAAGAAAGAAAGACGCAUAUCCUUUCUCUUUUCUCUCUCUUUCCCUUUUCCCUUUUCCUCCUCCUUCAAACACUAAAUAGCAAAGUAGAAUACGUAUAUAUUGUGACGUUAAAUCAAUGGUACAAUCCAGCAGCUUCGACUUCUCACGUGACAGAGGUGUGGCUGUAGAGAUGGCUGGGAUAAUGCUAAGAAUUGACUACUCAAGACUCUUCUGGCUCCUCUUUGGUGUUUUCUCUUAUGAGAACCACGAAGGGAAGCCGAGGAUCUAAAUUAACUGCACGUUUCAGUGAUCUUUCUCUCUCUCUCUCUCUCUCUUCUGCUGCUGCUGCUUCUUCUUCUUCUUCUUCGAUUUUCUGUCUUCGUUAAUCAGAUUGUCUUUGAGUGCAAAGUCUGUCAUGUUCGAUAUCCGGCGGGGCGAGCGGCAGCUCGCCGAUGAUGACGGGAAUGGUUAUGUUGAGACUGAUCCGACCGGUCGCUACGGGCGGUUUGAUGAGGUGCUGGGAAAAGGAGCCAUGAAGACAGUAUACAGAGCAUUCGAUGAGCUAAAUGGAAUAGAAGUGGCCUGGAACCAGGCCAAGCUAUGCGUUGUGAUGCAAUCCCCUGAAAUCCUUCAAAGAAUGUACUCCGAAGUUCAUCUCCUUAGCACACUGAACCACCACUCCAUCAUCCAAUUCCAUGCCUCCUGGAUCGACGUCGCCGGCCGCACCUUCAACUUCAUCACCGAGAUGUUCACCUCCGGCUCCCUUCGCGAAUACCGACGAAAGUACCGGCGAGUGGAUAUCAGGGCAGUAAAGAACUGGUCGCGACAGAUACUUGACGGCUUGGUGUUCCUCCACAGUCACGAUCCUCCGGUGAUCCAUCGGGACCUGAAAUGCGAUAAUUUAUUUGUUAAUGGUCAUCUUGGUCAGGUGAAGAUUGGGGAUUUAGGCCUCGCCGCAGUUUUACGUGGAUCUCAAUCGGCUCAUAGCGUUAUUGGGACGCCGGAGUUCAUGGCGCCGGAGCUCUAUGAGGAGGAUUAUAACGAGCUGGUUGAUAUAUAUUCGUUUGGAAUGUGUGUGCUUGAGAUGUUGACGGCGGAAUAUCCUUAUAGCGAAUGCUCCAACCCUGCACAGAUUUACAAGAAAGUUACAGCGGGGAGGCUCCCCGAUGCAUUCUAUAAGUUAAAAGAUCCGGAGGCGCGGCGGUUCGUCGGCCGGUGCCUGGAGAAGGCUUCGAAGAGGCCGUCGGCUAAGGAGCUACUUUCUGACCCUUUCCUCCAAUCUGACGACCGGCAUAUUGCUCCGGCGAUGCCGGCGGCUCCACCCGCGGUGAAGACUAAGAGCUCCGGCGAGCGCCGCCAUCAUAGCGGUCGGGAAAUUGCUGAUGAGCUGCAAACAGAUAUGACUAUUACCGGAAAUAUGAAUCCGGAUGAUGACGCCAUUUAUCUCAAAGUUCAGAUUGCUGACAAACAAGGUCAAGUGAGGCACAUAUACUUCCCCUUCGACAUCAUUAGCGACACUCCCAUUGACGUCGCGAAUGAAAUGGUGAAGGAGCUCGAGAUAACAGAUUGGAAGCCGGCCGACAUUGCCAGUAUGAUCGCCAGAGAAAUCAUGAACUUAGUGCCUGACUGGAAGGAGAAUAGCCACCAUGAAUACGACUUUGGAGAAGAAGUUGAUGAAUAUGGCCACCACCCUUUUCACUAUCUCUCCUCGCCCACUUCUACUCAUGAGAGCUCUGUAUUUAGUGCUGGAAACUAUCAUGGAAUCAAUCCCCGGCUCAGCGAUCCUUGCAAAGUUGCAGACUGGCUUCAGGAAGAUGACACAAGCUCAGUGCGCUCAGGAAUGUACUCUGCCAUUAACUACAGCUCAGGAAAUGAACUGGACUGUGAAUUGAGCUCUAACCAAACAAACUUAUCUGCUGAAUGCAGUAUCAAAUCAGCCAGGAAUGACUCCAUGAAAAGCCAUGGAAUAUACACCAUGCUCCACUCUAACCUUCAGAGGCAAGGUUCUCUAUUGCAGCCACCACCGCCGGAAUCCAGCCGGCCCUCAGCCACCCAUGCCGGAAAGAGGCCGGUCGAUGACCGGCGGCUUCUGAGAAACCGAUCAAUGGUAGACCUUAGAAGCCAGUUGCUGCAUCAAACUCUUGUUGAAGAGCUUAACAAGAGGCUCUUCAAAACUGUGGGAGCUGUUGAGAACAUUGGAUUUCAAAUGCCCUGUGAUGGAUCAAGCAAGAGAUCCUCCUCCAAAAAGCAAGUGAAGAAAUUGGGAAAAUAGUUCAACUUCUUUGUUUUUCCUCAACGUGUCUGGUUUUUGUAAAUAUAGGAGUUUAUGGUUUGGAUUUAUAUGUUUGAUCUUUGGUUUUAUUUUUAGGUGUUGAUGUUGUUCUAUGUUUUUGUAAAUAUGAUAAGUGAAAAAGUUUUGUUGAUAAAUGUUUUGUGAGAAAGAUGUGGAGAUUUCCAUUUUUAUGAAUAAAGAUGGGAGAGUUCUGAAAUAGUACUCUCCUUUGGCAAGCUCUGUAAGAUAAAGAAAUUGCCAAUAAAUAUGUUGUAAAUAUGAAAUUUGUAUGUAUUGGCUUUUGAGUGCUGCUAUUUCUAUUUUAA